UUGGGAAUGGGUCGUAGCCGCAGCCGUUCUCCUAGGAGAGAGCGAAGGCGAUCCCGGUCCACAUCUCGGGAGAGGGAACGCAGACGCCGAGAAAGGUCCAGGUCCCGGGAGAGAGAUCGAAGGAGGAGCCGCUCUCGAUCACCACACAGAAGACGAUCCAGGUCUCCAAGACGACAUAGAUCUGCAUCCCCUUCCCCUUCUCGAUUAAAAGAAAGAAGAGAUGAGGAAAAGAAAGAAACAAAAGAAACAAAGAACAAAGAACGGCAGAUUACUGAGGAGGACUUGGAGGGCAAAACCGAGGAAGAAAUAGAAAUGAUGAAGUUAAUGGGGUUUGCCUCCUUUGACUCGACAAAAGGGAAGAAGGUGGAUGGCUCUGUAAAUGCCUAUGCCAUAAAUGUAUCUCAGAAGAGGAAAUACAGGCAGUACAUGAAUAGAAAAGGUGGAUUCAACAGACCCUUGGACUUCAUUGCAUGA